CCCUGAUGCCAGCAUCAUUGUACAUCAGGCUAUUGGGUUACGUCUGUACUUUCUGCUUGUGUAAUCUAAUACUAGCUGUAACACUAAUAUCCCCCACAAGCAGCCAUGCCUACACUAAGCCAGUGUAAAAUAUUGACGCGGAUAUUGGUCAAAAAGGCCCAGGAGUCUGCCAGUCAGUUCCAGGACAGCGUGCCAGACGAUCAGGAAACACCGGAAGUUCCAGCGGAACCACCGUCCGAUAAUGUUGAUGCUAAUACAGGCUUGGCGGAAUCUUGUCCGGAACUGCAGACGGAUCAGGUCUCCAGAACGGAUCCGACUAGAGAGAGGCGAGUCAGGUCUGCGAAAAGCGUGCGGAUAGCAGACGAUAGUGCUAUGAGGGCGGUUCCGGAAGUGGAAGACUUGCAGCUGUCCUCAAAUCCCGCGCAGGAACUAGACGAACCAACAGAGACAACAGAUACAGAUGUCUCACCAAACUCCCCACAAGACACGUCUAGGUCUCUAGCUGCAGACGAAACCACCGACAUCAAAGUCACAGUCAAACCCUGUCUUAAACGCGGCACGAGCUGCUUCUUCAAACGACCCGACAGCCGGUCCAAAAGCGUGACCUUCGGACGACCUUCAAGCGGAUUUUACCCGCUCCGCAACGCGGAAAGUCUGGAAUCCGAUUCCGGACUCUUCCCCGCGAUAAAAAACUCCCAGGCCCAAUCCGAACCGACAACGCCUCUGACGACAUCUCGCGAAGGAGACAAAUUCCCUCUAUGGAGCAGGUACGGGUUCACAAGCGCGGACCCACAAGACGUCAGAACACGUCCUUCAAGCUGCGGUCCCGUUUUUCGUACCGCCAAUCAAAUCACCGGCGUCAUGCAAAAAUUCGACACGGCCCGGCGUAAAGGCUGGAACUUUGAACGCCGCUUCUCCUGCAUCGAACCCAACCUCAGCGGCGUGUUCUCCAUACGACGGGGCAGCAUCAUCAACAGAACGCUGUUCCCCAUAUCCAUACAGACAGCAGCAAUCAAGUCCACCCAUGCCACGCCCGAGCCAGCCCCUGUACCCUACGAACCUUAUAUUAUAAAAAACUGUCGCUUAAUUAGACGGGAUAGUGCGCAGUUGUCUCCGCCUUAUAAAGAUGAACAGAAUAAAGAGGAAACAGAUUUUAGAAGGGGAGACGAAUUUAACGACGCUGACGACGACGCCAGCUCUGAUGGUGACGCCGACAGUCUGGAGGUCUGUGCGGCCAGCUUGGACACGAAGGUGGAGCUGCCGAGGUGGUCGAAGGAGAAGCAGGCGAUCAUUGUGGACAGGCCUGUUUCAGCUGUUAGUCUCCCCGCGGGUACCAUUGUCCAGAAACUAGGCUUGUGGAAUCAGAACGAACUGCUCAUGUCUGAAGAGACACAACAAGAACUUCAGAAACUAGGAUUUAGGAAACCGUCCAAAGCCAAACGGAAGAAGAAAGCUAAAGGAAACGGUAAAGGAACUAGGAUUGACCUAACUGGGCUUGUCACUGGAAAAUUGGAACAAGUCGCAAAGAAAAUUGAAAUCAACCUGCAAAAAGAUCCGGUAUUAAUUAAGGUGAGCAAGAAAAACCGCAACGUGGGCAAGUUCCUGGGACCGCCAGAGCCCCAGCCCAACGCCGUGUGUUUUGAGGUACUCGGGACUCUACUGAACCACUCGGACGUCAAGCAACAGCUGGGGGACCUGCUCAAGACGUGCCCGGAGGUGAAGCUGGUCGGUAUAAAGUUUGAUCAUAGGGCCAUCUACAAUAGCUCCUCGGACAUGUAUAACAGGUGGAUUAUAACUACCAGCACGGUGGAAGGCCGGAACCGGCUGUCCGGUGGCAACUUGACCUUCGGUGACCUCACGGUCCAGCUGCGCCGGUACGAUGACGUCAUCAACAGCGAGUACCAGCAGUUCACGCGCAUGCGCAACUUCGUCAAGAUGAUGAACCACCGCAAGAUACUGGGCGGGAAGUUCCAGGCCGACACGACUGACUGACUCCUGUACAACAGC